AUGACCGCGCCGGUUCUUCCCGGCGAGCCCCUGCGCCACGCCGACGAGGUCCGCUCCGGCCCCGGAACCUACGUCCGGGGGAAGAGCGUCGUGGCGGCGGUGAUGGGGCACGCGCGGACAACCCCGGCGGCUGACGACGCCGACGAUAAGCGCCCGCUCGUCGAGGUGAUCAAGGGGCCCGUCGUGACCGGGGAUGCGACGGGGCGCGGGGGCGGUACGCUGCUCCCCGAGGUCGGGGACGAGGUGUUCGCGCGGGUACUCCGCAUCAACCCUCGGCAGGUGUGGUGCGAGAUCGUCGCGGUGAAUGGCAAGGCGGUGAACGACGCCUCGGGGUUCCAAGGGAUCGUCCGGCAGCAGGACGUGCGGGCGACGGAGAUUGACAAGGUGGACAUGUACGAGUCUUUCCUGCCCGCCGACGUCAUCAGGGCCAAGGUGCUGAGCCUCGGGGACCAGCGGAGCUAUUACCUCACCACGGCUCGGAACGAACUCGGGGUGGUGCAGGCGAAGAGCCCGUUCACGGGGGAGCCGAUGGUGCCGGUGUCGUGGCAGGAGAUGAUGUGCCCGAGCACGCAGGUUAAGGUGUCCAGGAAGGUGGCCAAGGUGGACUGA